CGGUUUAGCUCUUGUCCAUUGCAACUGCGACAUUUUAGUUUGUGUAGAUUCUGUCGCACAACAAAGUGUAAUUUGGGGCAGGCAAUAGUGCAACACGUGAACUAAUUGUGACGCCUAAAAUAGAAGCACUCUGUGACGACACACACACACAUACACACCCGCCCGUGACAUUGAUUCACAUUCACAAAGAGCCAAAGAGAAAGCAGCUGUUGGCCGUUGGCCGUUGGUUGGAAAAAAACAACGGUCUGUGAGCAAAAGCAAAAAUAAAACGAGGAAGUGUCUGAGUGUAUGUAUGUAGCCACCCGCCGCCAGUAUCAGCUGCUCGCUCUGGCCGUACGCAAAAUUUAUUAUUAAUUCAGCUAAAGGCAGCGUUUGCAUAAAAUUAAUACAAUUUUUUGCACAUUCCCAACAAUAACAGCAACGGGAGCGGAGCUAAAUUGCAAUAGCCUUGCGAGUGCAGUGACAGCAGCGAACGCAACUGGAAACUGUAAGCUGGAAGUAAUUGAGAACACUGCGAUAGAGGGCAGAGUGCAUUUAAUCAAAUCGUUUUGUGUUGUGUAAUCAGAAAGUGAACGGAAAACUCGCUGGCAAUAUGUCUGAUAAGGAGUCCAGCAGGAAGGUGACACCUCCGAAAGGUAUGAAAUAUCUAAUUGGAGGUGCUAGUGGAAUGGGCGCUACGUUGUGCGUGCAGCCGCUGGAUCUGGUCAAGAAUCGAAUGCAAAUCGCCGGAGCGGGUAGCGGAAAAAAGGAAUUUCGUAACUCCUUUCACUGCAUUCAGACGGUCAUCAGCCGCGAGGGACCCCUUGCCCUCUAUCAGGGUAUUUCAGCAGCGCUGCUGAGGCAAGCAACCUACACCACUGGUCGUCUGGGUGUGUACACUUACCUCAAUGAAGAGUAUCGGGCGCGCUUCAACCGCGAUCCUAAUGUGGCGGCCAGCAUGGCGAUGGGAACUAUAGCUGGCGCUUGUGGUGCCUUCAUUGGCACGCCGGCAGAAGUGGCUCUUAUUCGGAUGACCUCUGACGGCCGUCUGCCUCCGGCGGAGCGACGCAACUAUAAGAAUGUGGGAAAUGCGCUGGCCCGCAUUACGCGUGAAGAGGGCCUGACUGCGCUGUGGCGCGGCUGUUUGCCCACAGUUGGUCGCGCCAUGGUCGUGAACAUGACCCAAUUGGCUAGCUACUCGCAAUUCAAGACCUACUUCCGUACGGGACCGCUCCAAAUGGAGGAAGGCAUCAAACUGCACUUCUGUGCGAGCAUGCUUAGCGGACUGCUGACAACGAUAGCAUCGAUGCCCCUAGAUAUUGCCAAGACACGCAUCCAAAACAUGAAGAUUGUUGACGGAAAACCAGAGUAUAAGGGUACAACAGAUGUGCUACUCCGCGUUGCCCGACACGAGGGAAUCUUCUCGCUGUGGAAGGGCUUCACGCCUUACUACUUCCGUCUGGGUCCGCACACGGUGCUUACCUUCAUACUGAUGGAGCAGUUGAACUCCGCCUUCAACAAGUAUGUGCUGGGCGGAGACAAGCGUGGAUCCUCAAUAUAAGAGAACUCGUCCAGCUGUAGCGGGCUCAUUGAUGUUGUUAAAGGUUUCCCGCAAAUCCUUGUACUGCUAGCCAAUAAGUUCAAUGGCUCAACUACAUAUUCCAAGCAACUCUCCGAACGAUGAUGGAUUAGUAAAUACGAUCAAAACGACAAAUAUAUGGUUCUAUAUACACCCAUAUAUAUUUGUUGAGCGACAAUACGAAAAGUGGGGCAUUUAAGGUCGGAAAUUCCGUUGACAAUAUGAUAAAAUAUAAAAUGUUUGUUGUUAAAUCUUUUCUAUACAAAUAUUUAUGUAAAUUGUAAUAUAGAACCCUAAGUGAAAAGUGUAUUCUGAAUAAAGCACAAUAAAGAAGCAUUGUA